UAAUCGGACACAGCGCGCAUGCGCAGAGGCAGUGUAGAGGCGGUGUUUCGUUGUAUUAAGAAGUACAUCUGAAAAACAAGCGGGUUUAAAAGGAUAUACUCAAAGAAGCGCCGCUCGCAGAGGCCUGUACCUGCCGCGGGCAGUCAGAAAGGUCAUCAAAGCUUGAUCAGAAGGUACGUGUAAAGCCAUGGUGGAGUAUUACCAGAUUUUAGGAGUGCAGAAGACUUCGUCUCCAGAAGACAUAAAGAAAGCGUACAGAAAACUAGCUCUAAAAUGGCAUCCAGAUAAGAACCCAGACAACAAGGACGAGGCUGAGAAAAAGUUUAAAGAGAUCUCUGAAGCUUAUGAAGUCCUUUCAGAUGCCGAUAAGCGAAGUCUUUAUGAUCGGUAUGGUAAAGAAGGCUUAUCAGGAAGGAGUGGAGGAGGACAUUAUCAUAACGGUGAUCCCUUUGAAGGAUUUACAUUCCGCAAUCCAGAGGACGUUUUCAGAGAGUUCUUUGGUGGUCAAGAUCCCUUUGCUGAUUUCUUUGGUGGUGGUCCAUUUAGUGAUGAUUUCUUCUUUGGUGGUGGGCGGCGGCACCAACAGCGUGGCAUGAGCAGGAGCAGAACGGGUGGCUCGUUUUUUGGGGGAUUUGGAGGUUUUCCCUCAUUUGGGCCAACAUUUUCUUCUUUUGAUGCAGGUUUUGGCCACAUGGGACAUAUGGGACACAUGGGACACAUGGGUCACAUGGGUCACAUGGGCCAUAUGGGUCACAUGGGGCAGUUGGGACAGUUGGGGCAGUUGGGAGGAGGGGGUUUCACAUCCUUCUCGUCCACCUCUUUUGGGGGAGCAGGCAGCGGGAUGGGGAAUUUCCGGUCUGUGUCCACUUCAACCAAAUAUGUCAAUGGCAGGAAAAUUACUACAAAAAGAAUUGUCGAGAACGGGCAGGAGCGAGUAGAGGUCGAAGAAGACGGACAGUUAAAGUCAUUAACCAUAAAUGGAAAGGCCCAUGAGUUAGGUCUAGAGAAGGAGCAAAAAGCCAGCAAAGCACUCCCACAUUCUUCCUCCAGCUCAACCUCCUCCUCAUCAACAAGCUCCUCCUACUCCUUACCAUCAUCCAGCUCCUCCAAUUCUCACCCCAGUCAGAGGGAACAAGACAGUACGACGCAAUCUAAAGAUCAAAGUGGCGUGAAGAGGAAGCGGCCCCCGCCGAACGGAGAGACAAAAAAACACAGAGAGUCUUAAAUUAGUUUCUUCAGAGUCUUAGCACAUCUGCAGCAGUCUGGAGUGGUGGGUUAAUGUUAUAAUGAACCCUAACGACGAAUGAAUGGGUUACAUUUUUUGUUUUUAAGUUUUGUGUUUUGUAAUUGUUUAAAGUGCGUUACUGAAGCCCUUUUCACACAUGCGCAGGAAACCUGACCUUUCCAAACAUUACCAGGAGGAGCAGCAAUAUGUAUGAACUCAGUUAUCCACAUCAGUUCUAUCAGCCAGUACCUGCACUUUAACCUGCCAGUCCCCAGUACAAAGUCUGGGUAAUGUCUUGAGAGAGUGACUAGAUGACUAGAAUAGAGCAGAAUUUACAGUGGGAAUGUCAUGCUGUGGUUUCUGUAGCAUCUCUGUCUUUAGCAUCAGGUCCGGACAUUAACUGGACUUUAUCAUACCGACCCUUUAGUACAAAGUAUGGGUAUUGUCCGAUUCAUCUCUUGUAAAUAUAGAGCAGGACUUAGAACUUUUUUUUUUUGAGAAUCUACAGUGGCUCCAAACCAAGGUCCCAUGCUAUUUGCUACUUGCUAUUUCUACAGGCCGUUUGCUGCAUGUGUGAAAGGGCAGCAUAUUAUCCAGAGUUCAUACGUGAAAAUGGCUUAAUGUAUUGACUGAGUUACUGCAGAAACUGUAAAAAGUUUUUUUUAUUUUCCAUUUCAUGAGAAAAAUCUCAAAAGAUUUAAAGAGAUUUAAGGACAGAAUAUCCUGAGGGAUUUGGAUAUUGUAGCACCUUUCUGUUGCAAGCAUGUGUAGUUCAUUUGACUGUAAUUUGUCAGAAGUAAAGCUUUCACCAAUA